GGUGGGUUAUGUGUUGAGUGCUUUGCUGACGCAAUACAACGCUUACCGAUAGUUUUAUUCUAGUGCGUGCUAUCUUGGGUCGUGCGGUACCCCAAGGGGGCUGCUUCGCUCCUCACUCGCGGGCCUGCACGCCUGGCUUGAGGUGGCAUCAAUGCUUGGUUAUGGAGCGGAGCGGAGCGGCUUUGGCGUAUUAUCAACGAAUACUUGGUCAUGGAAAAGCUCUGGUGUGAUAUCCAAUGGCUUGACCGUGGAGCGGCUUGGGCAUGGUAUGUACGCGUGCAUUGGCUACACCACCACUUCGCUUGCUUGCAAUAUUUUGGCUCUUGGCACGUCGAACACCACGGGUCUGUCUAGAGUCUCCGUGUCUAUUGCGCGGUUUCGGGUUCUGGGUUACACCAUGAUCCUGUCUGUCUGCGGGGGGGUGACUGCUUCCGACUGGGUAUCAGGCGUGAUUCAAGGGAUCGUGGGGACUUGGGUAAUGUUAUGCUUGGCCAUCCUCGUCGAGUUGGGUGAGUCCCCACCCCGGCGAGGAGGCAGAGUUGGAUGUUGUUGUUUGUUUUGGGCAAAGUCACUGUGCUUUACCGCCGACGGGGGCCCUCAUUCAUUGUUCUCCGAGCUCCCUCUGCCUUUUUGGUAUUAUGUACCGCUCCGUUAGAUCAAAAGCGGUGUGUUGCGGAUUGGCUUCAUGACGUUCUUUAACCGUAAAUAAUCACUUAAAAUAGGAUAUCCAACUUAUCUCUAGAAA